GGAAGGACACGCACUGAGCUUACAGAAGCCUCCCCUAACGGCAUCAGCGUGCCUCUCCUCAGGAACCUGAGGUGAUUUCCCAUCACGGAGGCCACGCCACGCAGUGCAUUCACCGCACUCUAAGAACAUAGAGCACCAAGACACCAACUACAGCACACUAAACCUGCAGCUGCAGGAUGGCAAAGUCCUUGUUUACGGGAGGGAUCCCCACCCGGGAGGGAUCCCCACCCCGCAGCCGUCCGUCUGCGCGCCAUGGCGGUAAGGCGGCUCCGCACGCCCCGACCACAUGGUACGGUACGUUCCGUUCGUUCCGUUCCGCUCCGCCCCGCCCCGCCCGCUGCCAGGGUUCGGGCCCGGCGCGGCCGCGCAGCGCUCAGGAGGAGCCAGGGCUGCAUUCCAUGAUGUUGAGAGGAGUUGCUCACAGUGCAAAAGAUACAGUUACAUUUCUGUUGGCAAGAUCUCAUGGCAGUAGCCCUGGGUUGAAGUUUUUGUCCUUUUGGUCUGAGGUAACAAACAGAAGCUUCUUAAUCCAUUCAACCUAUACAACUGAUACAAAGCCAGGAGAGGAAAAUAAAAAAACCAUUGAGGACCUCCACAGAUUGUCAGUGGAUAUUAAGAAAAUACGCAGAGUGAAGGAAUGGGUCCUUCUCCAGGAGGUGGCCUACGUCCCAGAAAUCGCCAGAAUCCUACGGGAAAUGGGUGCGGAUGAGCCUGCCAUAGCCAGUAUCUUGGAACGCUGCCCAGAGGCAAUGCUGCGUAGUCCUGCGGAGGUGAACUCUCAAAGAGCUCUGUGGCAACUGGUGUGCCAGAAGGAAAACCAGCUGAUUAAAUUAAUAGAGCAGUUUCCAGAUUCUUUCUUCGCUACUGGGUAUCACGAGAACCAGAAAGCAAAUAUUCUAUUUUUUCAGGAACUGGGACUUAAGAAUAAUAUAAUCACCAGGUUCUUGACAAGCGCGCCCAGUAUCUUCCACAAUCCACCCGAGAAAAACAAACACGUGAUAGAGACGUUACAAAGGAAUUAUUUAAGUUUAGGAGGUUCUGAUGCAAAUAUGAAGAUCUGGAUACUGAAGUUACUGAGCCAAAAUCCAUUUAUUUUGUUAAGUACCUCCUCGGCAAUUCAGGAAAACUUGGAAUUUCUGCGAAAGAGUGAUUUCACUGACCACGAAGUCCUGCAGCUGCUGUCCAAACUUAAAGGUUUUAUUUUCCAGCUCACGCCCUCCACUAUGCAGAAGAGCAUGCUUUUUUCCAAAAACGUCUUUAAGUGCAGCGACCAGGAAUUCAAACAACUGGUGCUGAAAUGCCCAGCCCUUCUCUACUACUCUGUUCCAAUUCUGGAAGAAAGACUUGAGGGAUUGCUGAAGGAAGGAAUUUCCAUAGCGCAGAUUAGAGAGACACCAAUGGUGCUGGAGUUGACGACACAAAUAGUUCAGUACAGGAUUAAAAAACUCUCUGCUUUGGGAUACAGUAUCAAGAGUGGAAAUCUAGAAAACCUGAAUGGUACUAAGAAAGAUUUUGAAGCCAAUUAUGGAAAGAUACAAUCAAAGAAGGAGAGACCGAUGUUUAAUCCCGUUGCUCCUCUAAACAUUGAAGAUUAAUUUGAAAACUGUACUUAAAAUUAUGCAAUACAGAAUGAUCAAAGAGAAAAGAGGUUUUGGUUCUUUGAUAGGAGUUGAAGCAAAAGUCAUCUUGACCAGAUUGUAGUCUUAUGCUGUCCUUUGUUGUGGAGCAGACUUUAUGCACAACUUCAUUAUAAAAUUGCAGCUUUUUAAUGCAGGUUAUGAGAAAGGUUGAUUAAUCCUUUACAUAAGGAUUAUCUUUUCCCCCCCAGGGAGCAUCUUACAUAUCUUUUUGGUUCUGAUUUCCUUAUCCGCCUGGCCUUUAGCUUCUGUGGCUUUUCAGCUCCAUCACUGCACUGUCUGUAGUAGUGCUUAGCAUAAUCUUUAUCUGAGAAAGAAAAGGAGGAUUAUUUUGCCAGCAAUAUUAAUCCACCCACUGGUCCACUGCCUUUGGAGAUGUGUAUCGAGUUCCAUUCCUUACUGCUGCAGGAAGUGGUUCCAGCUCCUGCAUCCUGAAUUGAAGAAUUGAAGCAGAUGUGACUUUUGGGUGGCAGGACCCCGCUAGAGUACAGUCUGAAAAUGGGCAGAACACAGCAUCUGUAUUGAGCAGCUGCUACGGUAAUACCCUAGUGUGUUCAUUUACAAACCAUAAUGCAAAGAAACUACGAGACAACCUCGAGAUUUCUGUGACAUCAGAAACUGACUCCUUUUGCAAAAGGUUGGGGGGCAGAAGGAAAUACAUUUAUUGCUGUUACGCGGUUGUUCAUUUCUUCUUUUCUAGCAAGGCAUGGGGAGAGAAAAGGCUAUGGAAUGACUUAAACAAGUCUCACGUGACUGGAGGAGAAAGGGAAAAGUCUCAUUUUUGUAUGGUAUAACAACUGGAGUCUGAGCACACUGGUGAUUAAAAGUGACCAUCAGAUUUGCAAACAGCUGCCAUAGUUUCUAAAUAUAUGGGUGACAGUUUCUCAUAUAUCACUGUAAUUGUUGACAAGUGCUGGCUUUUAAAAUAGUAUCUGUCCUACAGUGUUUAAGUCCUUGGGGGAUUUUUAUUUAUUUUCAUUUACGGGCUGUGAAUAAUAAUGAAAAAUAGUAGCACCAUUAAAGAUCCUCUCAAUAAAAUUAGGAUCAGCGAUAUUACAUGUAAAAAAAUAAAGGCAGACUUUCCUAAGCA